CACUUCUCUUCGAUGAAAUCAAAACGCAAAGUUUUGCACGCAUUGAAAAAUGCUUUGAGAGUCUUUAGGAGCCGUGAGCGAGUUCAGCAGCUAGAACAUGCCGAAACGGGUGAUGGUGCAAGUCAGCCCCUGGAGCCGGGCGAGGAAAAUUCAUUCCCAGCAACAGUAUUCUCCCAUACACUGCACUCAUUUGCAGAGGCAGAUGUCGCGCAAUUAGCUAUUUCUCAUGGUGGCGCGGUGCCGCCCGCUAUUGAGCAACAAGUGCACCAGAUGAUUGACAACCAUGGGGCAGAGCUCGAGGAGCAAAACGACACCAAUCCCCUCCCUUCGCUGGAGACACUGGACGAGUGCAAUCGGAUCUUCGACAUGGUGGAUGAUAUUGCGUCGAAAAACAAGCCUCGGGGUCUCACACCUGAGCUAGACCAUUCUGAAUCCCAGCUCAGGAGCGAGGAGUUGUUGCAGGCGCGCACUCGAGACUGCCUCCAAUUCUUCAUCAAAGGCCUUACAAAGCAACUUGGGCCGUGCGAAUUGAGUACCGACUCGAAACAUCAUCACAUCGCGAGUCUACAUCUCACAGGCUUCAGAGACCAGAUCGACGACCAGUCACAACUAUUCUUCGACUUUUAUCUAUCUUCGCGCUUUGACUGGAAGCCGUGUCGCUGGCUGGAGAGUCGAUGCAUUAUCCAAGAGACAAUAUCGCAGCCGGAGGAGCCAGGGUGUGGCCUCAUCCAGGACUGCGAGGCUGCCAAAGAACGUCUGUGUAUACUCCUGGAAGAGGGUCCAGAAGGCCGCCUCCUGCGUCAACGAGACGGAGCAUCCUGUUGGGCAUCGAUCGCCACUCCAACCGUUUCUCUUGGUACGCUGCUGGACAAUGACAAGCUAAAACGUCAAUUCCCUACCUCGGACAAUCCCAACUGCUUCCUUCCACUUCAUAGGGCAACUCUGUGCCUGAACCUAGCCCUAUCUCUGCUACAGCUCUCCCAACACGAGUGGCGACAGAUCGCAUGGUGUCCUGAAAACAUCUUCUUUCUCAAAAGCCAUUCGGGAGUCGUGGAAGAAAAAGCAAAGCCAUACUUGUCUUGGACUGUUAGGUCGACUCCUCCGAUGCAAGAUGUGACAGCUAUGGGUGAGCCUAGUUGCGAUCCCCAUCUCCUUCACUUUGGACGACUCCUGAUGGAAAUCCGUGGUUUUGAGAGAAUUCAAGCGCCAGCACGAGGGCUCGAGUUGCAGAACGCCCUGUUGAAGAUAAUUGAAGAUGGUAGAGUCUAUCUGCCCCAGGACAAUAUGUUUGUCGAAGCUGUCAAAGCCUGUUUGAGUACCGAGGGGAAGAUGGCCGCGGUCGGGGAGGGCGGCUCCAACGAAAUUCGAGACUUCAUUUACCGGAAGAUCGUCGUCAACUUGGAAUGCUCCGUCGCUGGCAGAAACGCACCGCAUGGACUGUCAAAGUCUUCAACAUUUAGGGGGCAGCCUCCAAUCAGCAGUGUCAGCAGAGCACUUAUGUCUCACUCUGACGGCCAGCGCUCAAAAUCCCCCUCCAGCCCUGAGUUAUCAAAAGCGGCCAAGACCUUUCGCACAAACAUGGAGAUUUGGCUGCAUGAGAACAUCUUGCCCCUAAGUAAUCUCAACCCGCCAGCAGAAAAUCUUUACUCUCAGCAAAAGAUCAAAAUUGCCAUCAUUGACAGUGGAGCCAGCAAGACAGACUUACGCAUUCGGGCUGCACUUCAAGCGAGGAGAAUUCGAGAAAAGAGGAACUUCCUCCCUCGGGCUGAUCCCGACGACUGGGACGAUGUUAACGGGCAUGGGACGAUUGUAACCUCACUACUACUCGAACAUGCGCCAAACGCCGAGAUAUAUAUUGCCAAGAUCACAGAUAAAGUUAAGAUCGACUCUGAGGGGCUUUUCUGCGUUGGUCGGGCUAUCAACUGGGCUAUCCAAAACUGGCAGGUUGAUAUUAUUAGCUUGUCAUUUGUGGUCGAUGAUGUCCAUGAAGGCAUCGAACAAGAGCUGGCACAGGCCAUCGAUCCCUCUUACGAGGGCCCAGGAAUCUCCAGAAAGAUCGUGUUCGCAGCGGCUGGCAACUCUGGCGGCAACGCUCCUAUCGGUUGGCCGGCAAGGAGGAAGGGUGUCAUCGCUAUCCACGCGACAGACGGGUUAGGAACAGCGACGAACACCAACCCGAACCCAGACAAGGAGGAUGACAACUUUGCGACUCUGGGCCGCGACAUCGAAACAGAAUUUACGCCUAAAGGUAGUCUGCGCAAAGAGAAGAUGUACGUCACAGGUACUUCAUUUGCUACGCCGAUUGCAGCCGCGAUUGCAGCAAACGUCCUAGAGUUCGCGAGACACAAGCUGCAUCUCAACUCGGACAGGAAGAGAACCCUCUACACUGGGGGCUGUAUGCGAAGGAUAUUCAAGAAGAUGGUCGGAGACCGGGGAGGCUAUGAUUAUUUGCAACCGUGGACGUUGUGGGAACGCGAGAAGGAUGGCAUAUGCCAAGUUAUUCUAGACGCAAUAGCCGGAUAA